AUGACUUCAAAAGCAAAGACCGGGCCAUUGAGGCUUUCAAUACCCAAAACCAGCUCCAAAUCGACAAAAUCUCAACUUCCUUCAAGAAACAACUCUUCCAGUCAUGAUUUCAUGGAUAUUUCCAGGACACUCCCGGAUGAUGAUUAUACUCAAGACGCCUUCUCAUUGUCGCCAACAUUCCACGGCCACACUGGCUUCAAUGACUUCGGCCACUGGGCAUUUAAUGAUGGUGUCCUGUUGAGUUCCGAUAUCAGCUCCACCAGCGAGGCCACAGAAGAGUCCUUUGACACCAGAUCAAUCCAAGCAGGAGAUUAUGAUAUGUCAGAUACCCAGAUGCUCCCUUUUUCUUCAUGUUCUCCUCCGUUAUUCCCAAAGGCCGACGGAUCCGUGGACCAGUCUCUGCCUGAACUCAGCCAAAUCCCUGGCCUUUCAAGUUCCCAGGAUAGCAGCCCACAGUUGUGUUUUAGCAACCCGCAGGGAUAUCAGAACUUUUCCACUCUGACUUUCCCUUUUGAUAAUGAGACGAUGCACCGUGCUUCCGGGAUCAAUGAUGGAAAGUCCGUGGGGUUGAACAUGGCCUCUCAGCGAAUGAUCAAAUCCGAGCCAUUCGCACAGGUCUCGUGGGAUCCCCUCGCGAGCGAGGUGAAUGGCGUUCCCAAUGUGACCCUAAGCGGGAGUCGCAUGAAUCGACUUCCAGCGACACCUCCAGAGGGUAAUCAGGACCUGUCUGCAACCUCUGCCUGCACUCAGACCUACACUUUCCCUGGUCAAGAUGGGUCCUCAUAUCUCGACGUUUCUGAUACAUCAUCCCUUUCCACUCAAAAUUUCAGCAUUGGAGAGCCCUUCUAUCCCCUCACACCACCACUCACUGAACAGGACCCAAAUAGGACUAUUCGCCCCCAAAAGCAAUCCCAUAGGCCCAUUCUCUCCGCCGCAGUUACCUGCCCAUCGGAUAAAGAAUCAGAUUUCUUUUCUCUGCAUCAACCCCUGGGCCAGAAGCCAAAGGAUUCAGCCGAUGGUAAAAAUCCCCGAGACCACGCAUUUUAUUCCCUUCCAACCAGGAGCGAUGGAAAAUACCACUGUCCAUAUUCCAACGGAGAGAACCCCUGCAAGCACACCCCUACGACUCAGAAAUGCACUUACCACAAAUACCUGGACUCCCACUUGAAGCCAUACAGAUGCAAGGUUCCACAAUGCGUAGAUGCACAUUUCUCUUCCAAUGCAUGCCUGUUUCGCCAUGAGCGCGAAGCCCACGGCAUGCAUGGCCACGGCGAGAACCCACAUCUCUGCCGCUUCCCAUCCUGUGAUAGGUCAAUUCCUGGAAAUGGAUUCCCUCGCCGCUGGAAUCUUCAUGACCACAUGAGGCGCGUGCAUGAUUAUACCUGCUCCGAAAAGGCCAGCUCCCCCGAAGGCUCACCCAUCACAACCGGAAAGGCCCCAGCGACCAAGAAGAAGGACGGCACUCUGCGCAAGCGCAAGGGCGCCAUCUCCGGCACUCAAACCAUAAAACGUGUUCGAGCCACCCAAAGUCAGUCGCAAGCAGCGUUGCGAGCUACCCACGCACAUACAGACAAACAGCUCCAAAAUGCAGAGAAAAACUACUACAGCUGCCUGUCGGAUAUUCAGAAAGAUCUCGGGAAUAUCAACCCCCAGGAUCCAGCAAUGCAUGAGAGAAUCAACGCUCGACUCCAGGAGCUUCACACACAUGCGUUGAACUAUCGAUAUAUCAAGGCUAGCCAGCUGGCCACCAAGCGAGGAUCCGGAGCUUCCUCAUAG